UGAUAAACGAUUAAUCCGCCUAUUGACAAAGCUUUACAGAUUAUUCGGAAUGGGAAGUAAAUCUAAAAGUGCUGUGGAAACGGCUUUGCAAAAGUUAUCAAAGAGCCCUGAAAGAAUAUUCGAAUACAGUAAUAAAUCAGACAAGGAAAAUGAAUUCAACAGCAUAGUGAAAAGUCUAUUAGAUCCUUUGGCAAAAGAUCAUUCAGUCCUAGAUGAGAUCUAUGUGGAUGGCUUGGAUGCCACUCAAGUUUUUGGACAAGCCAAUAUGAUUUUCGAAGGGGUUUCGGAGUCAUUAUUAUUCACUAAGAUACCCGAAUUAAAGGCCAAGUUCAGCUCACAUGUAAGUGAUGACGAAGACGAGGACGUCGAAGAAAGUGCACAGUCAGAAGAGGCAGAAGAAGAAAAUGAGGAUUCUGAUGCCCAGACUUUAAACGGGGAAGAAGAAUUUGACGGUUUUACUGAAGAUGAAAAAGUUCAAAAAGAUGAUGAUGAUGAAGAAGAUGAGGAACAAGAGUCGGACACAGAAACAAAUGUACCAUCGGAUAGUGAGGAAACCAGUGAACCAGUCAAAGAUGUCUUUGGCUUGAAUGAUGAAUUUUUUGACAUUGAUUCCUUUAACAAACAAUCGUUACAAUUAGAUGAUAUGGAGAAUGAUGAUCCAGAGGGUGACGAUGAACAAAUAGACUAUUUCGAUAGUUUGAGUGACGAAGAUGAAGAAGAUGAAGAUAUGGCAUACUAUGGAGACUUUUUCUCCAAGCCAGGACAAAAGACCUCAGAUAAAACCGUCAAAUCAUCGAAAGCUGAAGACAGUGAAGAUGAAUAUUUGGAGGAUGAUAAACUCGAUGAAAAAGAGUAUGAUAAUGCCGUUGGGUCUGCAAUGAAUGAUUUAUUCGCUGACGAAGAUGAAAUAGAUGCAGAGGAACAAGUUGAAGGUAAGCGUGAAGACCAAAUGUCAUCAUUUGAAAAACAACAACAACAAAUUCAAGCUGAAAUUGCCAAUCUAGAAGCAGAAUUGGUUGCUGACAAAAAAUGGACCAUGAAGGGUGAAAUAUCUAGUAAAGAUAGACCUGUUGAUUCAUUACUAGAUGAUCCAGAAUCAAAUAAUUUAGAAUUUGAUAGAACAUCAAAACCAGUACCAGUUAUUACUGAUGAAGUUACUGAAAGUAUAGAAGAUUUGAUUAGACGUCGUAUUAAAAAUGAAGAAUUUGAUGAUUUACCGAAAAGAGUGAUAUCUGAUGUUUCUAAAUUUCAUAAUAAAACCAAAUUUGAAUUAAGUGACCAAAAACUGACUAAAUCAUUAGCCGAGCAAUAUGAAGAUGAUUAUAAUAAUAUAGAUUCACAACAAAUUGAAGUCAAUGAACAAGUUAAAGAGCAACAUGACGAAAUUAGUGAACUUUUCGGUAAAGUUAAUCAUCAUUUAGAUGCAUUAACAUCAGCACAUUUUGUACCAAAACCACAUCAAUUUAGAAAUAUCGAUAUUAAAGUUACUGACACCACUGCAGCAGCCUCAAUUAAUAUGGAAGAUGCACAACCUACGCAUGUUUCAAGUGAAACUACUUUGGCUCCACAAGAAAUUUAUAAGAUUGGUGAUGAAAAACCACAAGCUGAUGGUGCUAAUGGUAGAUCCGAAGUUCAAUUAAAAUCUGGUUUAAGUUAUUCUAAAGAUGAAUUAUCCAGAGACGAUAAACAAAGAUUAAGAAGAUCUGCUAAAAGAAAGAAGUCUAAACAUUUCAAUGAAAAACGUGAUUUACAAGAACAACAACAAAAACAAGAUGCCAAUAAUGGUGGAGACCAUAAGAGACAAAAAGUCGGUCAAGUCAUUGAUACCUUAUCUAAAGCUAAAAAUGUUACUGUUAUUGGUAAAAAGGGUGAAAUGAGGGAUGUUAAAGGUAAUGUGAGAAAAUCGCAACUUCCUCAAAACUCAAGCAACUUCAAGUUGUAAUCUUUUUGCAUGUAUAUGUAUAAUAGUUAAUGAAAGUA